AUGUUUUGCAGUCCACCCACGAAAGAUGAACCGCGAACCACGCAUGCAACCCUGGUACGAGCGCAUCAACGACAGCAGACUGCUGGCCUCCCCUCAUACAAACAGCCCCCACCUGAGAAGAGUGUGACCAGCAACUUCGACUCACUCCGAUCCCUUUGA